AUGGCUCAGGUCCAAGGCCACUGCGACACCCGGUUUUCCAAGCUACGCGACUUGAUGCAAGAGUUUAUCGCGUCUGGGCAAGACAUCGGUGCCAGUUUGUGCAUUAAUAUUAACGGCGAGGAUAAUGUGGUAGACAUAUGGGGGGGCUACGCGGACCCAUUGACCAGAAAACCAUGGGAAAAGGAUACGGUAGUGAACGUCUUCUCGACCACCAAGAUAGUCACCAACUUGGCGGCUCUAAUGCUAAUUUCGCGUGGUGUGCUUCGCUCCGAGGACAAGGUGGCCCAGCACUGGCCUGAGUUUGCAGCAAACGGGAAGUCCGAGGUCACUGUCGGCCAAGUGCUAGCCCACACAGCGGGUCUUAGCACAUGGCAAGACAAUAUGACACUGGAGGACCUAUGCGACGUCGAGGCAGCAACCGACAAGCUGGCACGCCAGGCACCGCUAUGGACUCCCGGAACCGCAAUGGGGUACCACGCUGCCACGCAGGGAUUCCUUGUCGGGGAGCUGGUGCAAAGGAAAACGGGAAUGUCAAUCGAGAAGUUUGUAACGGAGGAGAUUUGCCGACCGCUGGGUAAUGGGGCGGACUUCCAGCUCGGGCUUCGCAAGGAGGACUGGAACCGGGUGGCCCCCAUCAUACCUCCGCCGGGGCCUUCGAUCCAAGAGGUGCUUACCCAACUGCCGGGAUACGAUAAAGACUCGCUCCUCGUGCGCACCAUUUGUAACCCCGUUUUCGAUGCCGAGGAUGCAAACUCUGUGCUCUGGCGGUCCAGCGCGUUGGGCUCAGUCAACGGCCACACAAACGCCAGGGCGUUGGUCAAGAUCCUCUCUUGCUUCUCGCUCGGCGGUACAUGUGCCCAAGGAGGCCAUCGCCUGCUGUCGGCCGAGACGGUGAGACUGGCGCUUACGGAGCAUGCGAUUGGGAAGGAUAUGGUAAUGGGGCGGAGCGGGAGGCGUGGACUUGGGAUUUACCUCACCGGGCCGGGGUCGGGGGUCGUCGAAGGCAAGUUGCCGGAGGGCAGUGUCGGAUGGGGUAGCGGAUGGGGCGGUUCAAUUGUGGUUAUGGAUAGCGAUAGGAAGCUCACAAUCGCGUAUACCAUGAACAGGAUGGUAAGCGACAACCAUCCUUCCCCAGCAGCAUACAUUAAGGCAGUCUAUGAGAUACUUGGAGUUACCCUAGCUGUCUAG